CUCCUCGGGGAAACUGGCCAAUGGAAACGCCAAAUCGGCCACAGGCAGGGCUGGCCACUGAACCAGCCGGUCCAGUGGAGGCGGGAGGGCGAGGAAGAAGUCAGCUGUCUUCCUAAUCCCACCUCUUGGGCGUCAGAGGAAUAUGACAAGUCUGAAGAUAUACCUGAGGAGAUAGCUACAGCGGGACAGGUGUGUUCCCAUGGAUGAGUCGAGCCUGUCCAGCACUAUUGAUGUAGACAAAGGCUUUGCCAUUGCCUUUGUUGUUCUUCUGUUUAUUUUCCUAACAGUGAUGAUUUUUCGAUGUGUCAAGUUGGUGAAGAAUCCCUAUGAGGCCAGUUCACAACCACAGAACCAUCUCUGAGCUGAAUUAUGAAAAAGCCUGGUAGACUCCCCCUCACAGGAGAGUCGAAAUCUUUUAUACAGACUAUUGUGAUCCAGAUUUUAUAUUAUUUUACCUCCCUGUUUCUCAGUCCUCUCACUCCUGCAUUCCACAAUAGGCACAUGAGUGUGAAUUAGGAAUAAUAAAAAGGAUGAA